AUGACUAGAGUAUUAAUGAUUUCCACAUACAUUCCACAAGUCAUCAGAGCUAGGCCAAAUAGGUUUUUUAAAAGCAAAGAUAUUAUUUUUGUUGAUGCAUACCGUAGCCAUAAUCGUGAUUAUGUAAUUAAAGCAUUGAAUUUAGAAAGCCUGGAUGUAUUAGAAAUCCCCGGUGGAACCACUAGUGUUUUGCAGCCACCAGACGUUUCUGUGAAUAAGCCCUUUAAAAACAGAAUAAGAAAAAGGUGGGAAGAAUGGAUAGAUAAAGGAAAAAAAAGUUAUAUUAAAAAGGAGAACCAAAAAAAAGCAUCAUAUAAACUUGUUUGUAAAUGGGUAUUCGAGACAUAG